AUGCUUACAGGCAGCUGGGUUCCCGCCAGUGGACUUCGCAUCCCACUCCUUCCGCAUUGGCGCAGCCACGGUGGCGGCAGGCCUUGGGCUCCCCUCAGCCGCUAUCCAGCGGCUCGGCCGCUGGCGGUCCGGGGCCUUUCGCACCUACAUCCGCCCGGCUCGGGCUCUUGCUCAUUGAGUUUGUUUAUGCUUCAUGUUUCAGGGCAGCGGAGGAUCGUUUGGAUUUGCAGCCACAGCAUCGUGCAUUGGGCCGGGAAGUAUGCGGCGUCCUCGGGAUGGGGAAGACACCUCGGGUUGGACGAUCGCCUCGAGAUUCGCUGGAUCGGCUCCCGGGGCAUGCUGUGGGAGUCUCUGGCUCCCACCUUGAUCCGGCAGGCUCGCCGGGAGGGCCCGCCCGACGCCGUGAUCAUCCAGCUGGGAGAAAACGACCUGGGCAGGCGGGAGGCGCCGGAGCUGAAGAGAGCGAUGUGCAGCGACCUGGACUAUCUAAGGGGGUUGUUUCCACGGACUUUCUUCCUGUGGUCAGACUUGCUCCAGAGGCGCUACUGGCGCUUCGCGCGCCACCCUGAGAAGGUGGACGGAAUCCGGCAAAGGGUGGCCCGCGCCAUGGGACAUUACAUCUCCGCUGCCGGGGGCCUGCUCAUUCAGCAUUCGGACAUUUCGUUCCGCAUGGAGCCAUUGUUCCGCCCAGAUGGGCAUAGACAGAACAAAAUGAAUCAAACAAUCAUCACAAAUUUCAUUCUCCUUGGAUUCAGUGAUCAUCCUAAACUGCAGGUGCUUCUCUUCGUGUCUUUCCUCACAAUCUAUUUGCUUACGGUGGCUGGAAAUAUUAUCAUCAUAGUACUGGUGGUUGCAGAUAUACACCUCCAUACCCCCAUGUAUUUAUUCCUAGGGAACUUGUCAUGCUUGGAAAUCUGCUACACAUCAACCAUCCUGCCCAGACUGCUCUUCAGUCUUCUGACUGGGGAUAGAACUAUUUCUGUUCAUGGCUGCAUUAUGCAAUAUUUCUUCUUUGGUUCUUUAGCAUCUACAGAAUGUUACCUCUUGGCCAUGAUGUCAUAUGAUCGAUAUUUAGCUAUCUGUAGACCACUGAGGUACACAUAUCUUAUGAACAGCAGAAUCUGCUUCUGGCUUCUUGCCAUCUCUUGGAUGAGUGGUCUGCUAAACAUCAGUAUAAUAACUUCAUUUUUGUUCCAACUAUUGUUUUGUGGACCCAGUCAAAUUGAACAUUUCUUUUGUGACAUAGAACCUCUGUUCAAACUUUCCUGCAGCAGCACUCACCUAGUAGAGCUUGUAAAUUUCAUCUUUGCCUCAAUAGACACCAUUCCACCCUUUCUCCUUACCCUGAUCUCAUAUAUAUGCAUCAUCAUCAACAUCCUUCAAAUGAAGUCCACAGCCUCAAGGAAGAAGGCCUUCUCCACUUGUUCCUCCUACCUCAUUGUAGUGACACUUUUCUAUGGGUCUCUGAUUUGUGUCUAUUUACUUCCUGAAACAAACACAAUGAAGGUGCUUCAUAAAACCUUCUCCCUAUUCUUUACCGUCUUCACUCCCAUGCUCAACCCUCUCAUAUACAGUCUGAGAAACAGAGAGAUCAAGGCUGCCCUUUAUAGAAUGGCUACUAAAAUUGUCACUGUAGCAUAUCCCUAG